GUAAGUAGGGGGAGGCCGGGGAUCUGGCGCCAUCCGGCCUGGGUGAGGCGUCGAGGGGCCCGCUAUCGUCUCCUGACCCCGAGAGGAGGGGCCUGGAGCUGCGGAGCAGGAUAUGGCAGCUGACACCUUGAGGCAUCCAUAUCAAGUCUUCAGCAAGACGGAAAGUGUGUAUCUCUGUGUGAGCAGGCACAGGUGUUUGGCUCUAAUAGCAAUGUAACAAUGCCGCUCUUUGGAGUUUAUUGCACUCGAUUAGGGAUCGUUUCUCAGAAUCAAGGAGUUAGAAGUGAGAUUUGAGAUAAGUGAGGCCCAUCCAGUGCUGCUUGGGACGCCUCAGAAGGGAAAAUGGAAUUUUCAGGAAUGAAAAAGAAGAGUUUGCUAGGAUUCAAAGAAAAUAAUAAAAAAUCCAGCACUAGGGCUCCCUCUCCAACCAAGCGCAAAGAUCGGACUGAAGACAAAUCCAAGGACAGAUCCAAGGACAAAGUGUCCACCAAGGAAUCAAGUGAAAAAGAUCGUGGUCGGGACAAAACGCGCAAAAGGCGCAGUGCUUCCAGUGGUAGCACCAGUACCAGGUCCCGCUCCAGCUCCACUUCCAGUUCAGGGUCCAGCUCCAGCACUGGUUCCAGCAGUGGGUCCAGUUCCUCCUCUGCAUCAAGCCGCUCUGGGAGCUCCAGCACCUCUCGUAGCUCCAGUUCCAGCAGUUCCUCUGGAUCCCCAAGCCCAUCUCGACGUAGACAUGACAACAGGAGACGUUCCCGCUCCAAGUCUAAGCCACCCAAGAGAGAUGAAAAGGAGCGGAAGAGACGGAGUCCAUCGCCCAGACCUACCAAAGUUCAUGUUGGGAGACUCACCAGAAAUGUGACCAAGGAUCACAUCAUGGAAAUAUUUUCCACUUAUGGGAAGAUUAAAAUGAUUGACAUGCCAGUUGACCGGUUAAAUCCACAUCUCUCCAAGGGUUAUGCUUAUGUGGAGUUUGAGAAUCCAGAUGAUGCCGAAAAGGCGCUGAAGCAUAUGGAUGGAGGACAGAUUGAUGGUCAGGAGAUCACUGCUACAGCUGUACUGGCACCUCGGCCUAGGCCACCUCCCAGGCGCUUUAGCCCACCAAGGAGGAUGCUGCCGCCACCACCAAUGUGGCGUAGGUCGCCACCUCGCAUGAGGAGAAGGUCCAGAUCUCCAAGACGCAGGUCCCCUGUUCGCCGACGGUCAAGAUCCAGAUCUCCAGGCCGAAGACGUCAUCGCAGCCGCUCCAGCUCAAACUCUUCACGAUAAAGCGAAAAAGACUGGACAGCUUUUUAUUUUUUAACUUAAAUCCCACCAGACUAAAUAUUGUACCUUUUUUAUAAUGGGCCCGGGGAAGGGGAAGUGAGAGAAAUUGAAACCUGGCAGUGAAGGCAAACUAAGAGGAGGGGGUUUCCUGGCCAGUAGACAAUCUGUGUCUUGCAGCUUCUAGAUUCCAGGCAUUGAACCUAAAUGCUUUAAAUAUGGCUUUGGGUUGAAGGCUGCAAAUGUGGUAUAUUGUUUUCCACACAAGCUACCAGUAGGAAAGAUGAUGUAGCCUCUGCUCCUCUAAUCAGCAGGCUCCUGCUUCAUGAUUUCCGAAGGCUUAGCAUGCCAUGCAGAAAAAACUAAGUACUGACCUAUUUUGGGAAUCCUAAGGCUGGCUACUACUAAGAGAAGGGGGGUGGUGGUGGCGGCUAUAUCCAUCUCAAGGCACCAGUGCAGACCUACAGAAGGGGUGGUACCCAAACACAGAAAUCUGCCUCAAACUUAAAUAUUCAGUUGUCAUUCUGCUCCUAUGCCCUGAAUAGUGAGAGCAUAAAUUUUUGUUUGCACAAAGAGGCAGGGUGCUGCAGACUUGCAUAACAUUAAAGAUGAUGUUUUUUAGCCAGUCCCACUGUAUGUCAUCUACUGCAUGUUAGAGAUAGGCCAGGAAUUGAAGGACUGUUUUGUAACUGCCCUCUUUAGUAACUUGCACUUCCUGAAGGGUUUUGGUAUAGAUUUCACACACAAUCCUCUACCAAUUGGUGUAAAUGUUUCCACCUUUAGAAAACACAAUACAAACUGGCAACAACAUAUCAAAACCCCACUUUACUGUAAUGAAAAGGGGGAGGUUUGAGACUGUUUGGAUUAAUUUGGGUAAUCUUGCAAAAGGCAAGUAAUUUACCAUCUAUUGUACAGUCAAUCUGCAACGUUUGCUUUUUUUUUUUAACUUUGUAGCAUCUUAGGUCAGGUUGUGUUUGUGUAGAAUGACCAUAUUGAAUAAACCCAUAGGGUUAAGAUUAAAGAAUAUUAAUUAGUUCAUUCCUGUAGACUAUUGGCCUCACCUGUACAUUGUGUAUAGAGGAAGCAACUCUGACAGCUCCUUUUAUUUUAAAUGUUAAGAUAAAAUCUUUCCAUUUAAUCCUGGAAAGGGUGAGCUUCAUGUUACUGGCACUGGCAGCUGGCUGAUCAAGAGGAACAGUAAUGGAAUUAAUUUGAGCUAGAGAACAGUGAUUGUGUCAUGAAGCCAGUGCAUUCACACAGUAAAAAUAAAGCAAGUGCAGCUUGAACUGCAUUUUUCUUCCCUUCUACUCCCCUGCUGCUUCAGCUACAGUCUCGAAGGCUUGAUCGGAGAUUCCUCCCAGCAUAGUUGUACUAGAGAGCAUGUCACACUAGUUUCAAAAGAGGCUGAUGCUACUCCUGAAUUUCUGCUACUAUGGGUCAGAGUCUGUAGUGAGACCCAUACUCUUCCCUUUGCGUCCUGCCGAGACAGCCAGCGGGGCAGUAUGGGAGGGCUUUUUGUGGCUAAAGAUCAA